AUGAACUCAGUUUUCACGGUGUUCCGUAACUUGGUGAAGAAAAUAAAAUGGUUGUGGACAUCACAUUCAGCGACAGGCUACGGCGAACGGCGGCAUCGUUGCUACGCAUCCGGCGCAAGCUACAGGCUACGGCGAACGGCGGCAUCGUUGCUACGCAUCCAGCGGCAAGCUACUGGCUACGGCGAACGGCGGCAUCGUUGCUACGCAUCCGGCGCAAGCUACAGGCUACGGCGAACGGCGGCAUCGUUGCUACGCAUCCAGCGGCAAGCUACAGGCUACGGCGAACGGCGGCAUCGUUGCUACGCAUCCGGCGCAAGCUACAGGCUACGGCGAACGGCGGCAUCGUUGCUACGCAUCCGGCGCAAGCUACAGGCACACUCUGUGGAGCAGUUUCAGGCUACAAGUCCUCAGGUCUUAAAGGAAGGAAUCCGGCAAAACGAGCAUGGUCACCUUGAGAUGCCUCUUCCAUUUAAAGUACGUCCACACCUUCCAGACAAUAAGAAGCUGGCUUUGGCUCGACUGAAGCACCUUAAAAGGAAGCUGGACAGAGACCCCAAGUUCAAAAAUGAUUAUGCGAGGUUUAUGGAAGGUGUCUUUAAGGAUGAUGAGGCAGAGAAAGUAGACACCCAAUCAGAGCCUGGGAAAAUAUGGUAUAUCCCACAUCAAGGGGUUUACCACCCCAGGAAACCAGACAAGAUCCGGGUGGUUUUCGACUGCUCUGCUAAGUACGAAGGUACUUCAUUAAACGAUUAUCUGUUAACAGGACCCGACCUUACAAAUGGUCUCACAGCUGUACUAUGCCGUUUCCGUAAGCAUCCCAUUGCAGUCAUGUGCGAUGUUGAAAAAAUGUUCCAUAGAUUCCAUGUCAGCGAGGAAGAUAGAGACUAUUUGCGGUUUCUCUGGUGGGAAAAUGGUGACACAAACUCAGAACCCACAGAAUACCGCAUGAAGGUGCACCUGUUUGGAGCGUCAUCUUCCCCUGGCUGCGCCAAUUAUGGCAUGAAACACCUUGCUAGUCAAAAUGAGAAAAUGUGCCCUUCUGCAGCUAGCUUCAUCAGCAAGCAUUUCUAUGUUGAUGAUGGCCUCAUAAGCGUGAAAUCGGUUGGUGAGGCAAUAGAGUUAGUGAAGGAAGCCCAAUCUGUGUGUGCUAAAGGAAAAUUGCACCUUCACAAAUUCCUUUCCAAUAACCGAGAGGUACUACAUUCCAUCAACCUAGCAGAACAUGCUGUGGAGGUAAAAAAUGUUGAUCUCAACCAUGAUGACUUACCUGUGCAAAGAGUACUAGGUAUAAGAUGGAACACUGAAAGCGACAGUUUUUCCUUCAAGGUGAUACUUGAUGAGAAACCGGCAACACGACGAGGGAUUCUCUCUAUUGUGGCCUCUUUAUACGACCCUUUGGGGUUUCUGGCUCCUUUCAUCCUUGAAGGAAAAAGAGUGCUGCAGGAGAUGUGUCAGAGAGGAACGGGGUGGGAUGAACCACUACCCAAGGAUUUGAAGUCAAGGUGGGAGAUUUGGAUGAAGGAUUUGGAAAAUCUUGAGAAGAUUGAAAUACCACGAUGCUUCAUACCAGUUGGCUUUGGUGAAGUCCAGAGAGCUGAAUUGCAUCAUUUUUCUGAUGCAAGCAGUCAAGGUUAUGGCCAGUGCUCGUACAUCAGGUUGGUGAGCGAAGAGAAGGUGCACUGCUCCUUGGUCAUGGGCAAAGCUAGAGUCGCUCCAACUAAACUAGUCACCAUACCAAGGUUGGAGUUAACUGCGGCAGUAACCUCAGCAGCCGUGAGCAACAUGUUGAGGGAGGAGUUAGAGUUCAAGAUCGAUGAGGAAUAUUAUUGGACAGAUUCUCAAGUAGUACUCGGCUAUAUCAAUAAUGAAGCACGAAGGUUUCAUGUCUUUGUCGCGAACCGAGUCCAGAGAAUUCGAGAAACCACUGACACAAGACAAUGGCACUACAUUGACACAGAAGAAAACCCAGCCGACCACGCCUCCAGAGGCCUCAAGGUGGCUGAUCUGAUCAACUCAAAUUGGUUUCCUGGUCCAAAGUUCUUGUGGGAAAGAGAAAUAGCCAAAAAUCAGGUUACCUCGGAGCUGCUGGUAGGAGAUCCGGAGGUGAGGGUUACACAGGUGCUGAAAACUGAGGCUACAAGGCAAUUUGACAUUCAAAACCACCUGUCACGGUUCUCAAAAUGGACCACAGCGGUCAAUGUCAUUGCUCGUAUCCAGCGGUUGGCUAAGAGGAUCAAGACCACAGAACCUUUAAAUGUGGAAGAGAGAAGGCAGGCUGUGCUGAUUAUUAUCAAGCUUGCUCAACAAGAUGCCUUCCGAGAAGAGUUGAACAUACUCAACCAGAAAUCAGGAAAGCUGCCUCAUAACCACCAACUCUAUCAGCUCGAUCCGUUCCUUCACGAUGGUAUAAUGAGAGUGGGAGGAAGACUGAGAAAGUCAUCUGAGCCUCUUGAGUUGAGACACCCAGUAAUCCUUCCCAAAAAUAGCACUGUCACAAACCUCAUCAUUGCAUAUCAUCAUAACAAAGUACAACACCAAGGCAGAGGACAAACUCUCAAUGAGCUAAGAGCCAACGGUUACUGGGUAGUUGGUGGAAGUAAAGCUGUAGCCCAAUACAUCAGGCAGUGUGUACGGUGCAGGAGGGUGCGUGCACCAUUGGAGGAACAACGGAUGGCAGAUUUACCAAGUGACCGUGUUGAUCCUGCACCACCGUUCACGUACUGUGGCAUGGACUGCUUUGGUCCCUUCCACACCAAGCAAGGUCGUAAAGAACAAAAACGGUAUGGCCUCCUCUUUACGUGUCUUUGUUCCAGGGCUGUUCACAUAGAGAUGCUGGAGGAUAUGACGACCGAUGCAUUUAUCAAUGCCUUACGGUGCUUUAUCGCUAUCCGUGGAACCGUUAGACACAUUAGAUCUGAUCAGGGCACUAACUUCAUAGGAGCAAAAAAUGAAAUGGCAAAGGCUCUGAGAGAACUCAGUAAGGAGAGAGUGGCUGCGUACUUGGCAGAUAAUCAGUGCGACUUCCAGAUGAAUACACCACACUCAAGCCACACUGGAGGUGUCUGGGAGCGCCAAAUUAGGACAGUGAGAAGUGUACUGAGCACAGUCCUUGCUGACAGUGCUGGAAGGUUGGACGAUACAUCCUUAAGGACGUUCUUCUACGAAGCUAUGUCCAUUGUAAAUAACCGUCCACUCACUGUCGAUAACAUCAGCGAUCCCACCAGUCUGGAGCCACUCACGCCAAAUCAUUUGAUUACGAUGAAAUCUUCUGUUCCUCUUUCCCCACCAGGGAGGUUCAUCAGGGAGGAUCUGUAUGCCAAAAAACGGUGGAGAAGGGUCCAAUACCUGUCUGAACAAUUUUGGCACAGAUGGAGGAAAGAAUAUCUGUCAAACAUUGCUCUACGUCAGCAAUGGCAUGCGCCAAGGCGUAACGUGGCUGUGGGCGAUAUUGUGAUCCUCAAAGAGGAGGAUGUCCCUCGCAACGAAUGGAAACUUGCUAAGGUGGUUGAAGCACUUGAGGAUGAUGAUGGACUGGUGCGAAAAGUGACAGUGCAGAUUGGAGAACGAAAGUUAGAAAAAAAAGGUGAACGCCUUAACCAGCCAUCCAUUGUUCAAAGGCCCAUUCAGAAGUUAGUGGUUUUAGUGAAGAGUAGCUAAAGGGGAGGGAAACAUUGGUCAUUCAUUAAAUGUCUCCUUUAUAAAGUUAAAAGUGGUUAUUAUACUGCGGUUCACCCUUAAUUGGUUAUUCCUUGUAUGUUGAGAUGUAAAUUCUGUUGUUAUUCGGCGUUGCUGAAUUUAUUAGUGUGUAAAAUCAUAUGGUUAAUUUUCAAAUAUUAGUGUUACAGUAAACAACAGAACUGUGCUUGGAAAUUAUCAUUGAUUAUUUAAUGAAGAGUGUAAGUGUAUUCACAUCUCCAUUUGUGUUAAUCAAGGCUAAUUUGGUGGGAGUGUAGCUGACGCUCGCAAUACAGCAAUAUGUUACUGUGACAAUGCCAGAAGUUUAUGAGAUUAUCAUAUUUGAUUUCUGAUUGUUUUUUUUUAUGUUGCAUAAAUUAAUGAUGAAAUCCGUACUGCAAUUCGUAGUUCUGCUGUUAGACCUUAUUGAAAUAUUAAGUUUAAUUUGUUUAUUAAUUUGUGGAGAGACGUCAUUUCCUGUCUGGGUAACGUGCGCGGGAAAUUGUGAGUGGAAACUAAGCGAAAGAGGAAAGAGACGAGAGAAAGAGACAAGGAAAAGAUGAGAGAUGACUGUCUACUACUGGCUAAAUAGGCGCACACGGUAACUAUUGUAAAUAUUGAAAAUUGUGUACCUUUGUAGAAGAAAUGUUUCUGAAAAUGAUGUAUAUGCAAUGUGUUUUUGUUGUUGUCAGUUUUCACGGUGUUCCGUAACUUGGUGAAGAAAAUAAAAUGGUUGUGGACAUCAGUAAGAGGCGUGAAUCUUAUUACCAGAGUAGAUACAAUCCC